AUGACGAAAGUAACAACUGCACACGAAUGGAAGGAAAAGGGCAAUGCAGAAUUCAAUAAGAGCAAUUGGUCAGAAGCCUUAAAUUGUUACACAAAUGCACUAAAACUUGAGAAAGAAGAUAACUCUGAGAAAGCAAUAUAUUAUAAAAAUCGUGCUGCUGUGUAUUUAAAACAGGAAGAAUAUGAUAAGGCAGUGAAAGAUUGCGACGAAGCCCUUAAAAUAUGUCCAAACGAUCCUAAGGCGUUGUUUCGUAGAUGCCAAGCUUUGGAAGCAUUAAAAAGAUUUGAAGAAGCAUAUCGUGAUGCCAGGUAUAUCAUUUCUGCUGAUCCCACUAAUAAGGCGAUUCAACCUAUUGCUGCAAGGCUACAUGAAAUUGUACAAGAGAGAUAUAAAGAAAGUUCUCGUGUCAGUGCCAAGGUAUCACAAAUGAUGAACAUAGCUUUCGAAGCAAAUAGUGAUAAUGAAAAACGGGAAACAGCAAUGAACAAUUUGCUUGUUCUUGCCAGAGAAAGAGCAGGAGCAGAAAUUAUGUUUAAGGAAGGAAUUGUUAAUAAAAUAACGCGGAUAUUGAAACUUGAGAAAAACGAUGAAAUAGUGACAACUGGUAUCCGGAUUAUUGCCGAGUUGUGUAAAAAUAACAUUGAUAGAACAAAGAGUAUCAUAAAAGACAUUGGUAUACCGUGGUAUUUAGAAAUGAUUAACAGUAAACUCACAGAAAGAGUGAAUGCUGCUCAGUAUUGCCUACAGACUGUACUGAACACAUACAGCGGUAUGGAGAACAAACCAGAGUCGAAACCGAUCAAAGAAUUAUGCGAUAAAUAUAACAAGGAAAUAGAUACUAUUUUAUCUUGCUUAUUAUAUAGCGUAACAAGUAGAACAAUUACUGGAUUGGCUAGAGAUGCACUCAUAGAACUUGUUAUGCGCAACAUUCAUUACACCGCCUUAAAUUGGGCAGAACGACUAGUCGAUCUUCGUGGUUUGCAACGUUUAAUGGAAGUUGCGAGUGAACUUGAAGAAUUUAAAUAUGAAUCCUCAAUGGAUAUUACACCGUCCACUAGAACUUUAACAAGUGUAUGUCUUGCAAGAAUUUAUGAUAAUAUGUAUUACGAUGCAGCGAAGGAGAGAUUCAGAAAUGCCAUUGAUGAAUAUGUUAAAGAUAAACUACUUACACCAGAUAUUGAAUCUAAGGUCCGCGUUGUAGUCGCUAUAACAACCCUACUGCUUGGUCCACUAGAUGUGGGAAAUUCGAUAAUUGCUAAAGAAGGUAUUUUGCAAAUGAUACUUGUUAUGGCAGGAACGGAUGACGUACUACAACAAAAGGUUGCUUGUGAAUGUAUAAUCGCCGCUGCAUCGAAAAAGGAUAAAGUUACUGCGAUUGUUAAUCAAGGCGUGAACAUAUUGAAGAAAUUGUAUCAGUCGAAAGACGAUUCUAUUAGAGUACGCGCUCUGGUAGGAUUGUGUAAAUUAGGUGGUUCAGGUGGUACAGAUGCUACGAUCAGACCAUUUGCUGAUGGAGCAACGAAGAAAUUGGCCGAAGCUUGUAGAAGAUUCUUAAUCAAUCCUAAAAAGCAAAAGGAUAUGAGAAAGUGGGCAGUGGAAGGAUUGUCGUAUCUUACGUUCGAUGCCGAAGUUAAAGAGAAAGUGAUUGAAGAUCGCGAAGCGAUUCAGGCAAUGAUAGAGCUAGCUAAAACUGGAGAUCAGUCUGUAGUUUACGGUGUUGUUACUACAUUAGUGAAUUUAUGUAAUGCUUACGAUAAACAAGAAAUUAUACCAGAAAUGAUUGAAUUGGCAAAGUUUGCGAAGCAGCAUAUACCGGAAGAACAUGAACUUGAUGAUCCAGAUUUUGUGAACAAAAGAGUAAUUGCGCUAGCUAAAGCUGGUGUAACGUCUGCGUUAGUUGCACUUUCUAAAACAGAAAGCCAGAACAGCAAAGAAUUGAUAGCGCGCGUGUUUAAUGCGAUUUGUAGUCAACACGAAGUACGGGGGAUUGUCGUUCAACAGGGUGGUGCAAAAGCACUGUUACCAUUAGCGUUAGAUGGUACGGAGAAAGGAAAGAAACAAGCAUCGCAAGCUCUUGCCCGUUUAGGAAUUACAAUAAAUCCGGAGGUCGCAUUCCCUGGUCAAAGAAUAAUGGAAGUAGUUAGACCAUUCAUAAAUCUUUUAAACCCCGAAUGUAGUGCUCUUGAGAACUUUGAAGCUUUAAUGGCUUUAUGCAACUUGGCUGGUGUUAACGAUGCUGUUAGGAAGCGAAUUUUGAAAGAAGAAGGUUUCCAGAAGAUUGAAAGCUAUAUGUACGAGGAUCAUGAAAUGUUGACGCGUGCAGCCACGCAAGUUGUAAAUAAUUUAAUGAUGUGCGAAGACACGAUAAAGUAUUUCGAACAGGAGAAUGACAGAGUGAAAUAUCUGGUCAUACUUUGUCAAUAUGAAGAUCUAGAUACAAGUAUAGCAGCAGCAGGAGCAUUAGCAAUGUUAACAUCAGCUAGUGUAAAAGCCUGUUUCAAAAUUUUCGAUUCAAAAGAAUGGUUGGAAUCACUACGCUAUUUAUUAGCUAAUCCAAAUUCUGACUUACAACAUAGAGGCGUCGUAAUUGCUUACAACAUGAUGAAAGGUGCUGUAGAUGUUGCAGCUAAGUUAGUGGAAACAGAUGUAAUGGAGAUUCUAAUGGCUCUUACAAAAGACGAAGCAGUUAAAGAUAAGAGGAUAAAAGACCUAGCUGCGAAAGCAUUGGAAGCUGCAGCAGAAUGGAAACUUAUUCGAAAAUAUGAAAAUGAACAACAACCAUCGCAAUCGUCACAGAAUACGGAUAAUUUAGAGAACGUCGAAUGAUAAGCAUACAAAGCAAAUAAAUAAACACUUAGUUUUCCUAAUGAUA